AUGGAUGUAAUAUCGACAUUGAGUGGAAAAUAUCCGAAUAAUGAAACAACUGGUGCAGUUGAGCCAGACGAAGUGAAUUUGGGAAGUAUAAAACUGGCACAGUUGCAUUUAAAACGUAGCAGUUUAUCCAGACAUUCAUCUAAAGAUGUUAGCGAAGAUGGUUGUUGUUUUGCUAAAAUGUUCCUCACUAAUAUCAUCUCAUUUGCAACGCGAUCGCGACGUAAAGGUGUUAGUGAAAGGUAUCGUUCAGCACGGCAUAUGUCACCUAAUGGAGGGAAAAAUGCAACUACGUGUAUUCAUGCUUCAAACUGCAAACGUAAAGCUUUGUCUGAAAUGGGAGUUUGUGACUCUUUUGAUGAUGAAAUGAUUAGGAAACUUUCGAAGCUACCUCAAGGAAUGGAUAAAAAUGAAUGGUUGGCUACACAUACAUUAUCACUUUUCGAAAAUAUAAAUGCUUUAUGUGGGACAAUAUUGGAAGUGUGUACUCCGGUUUCGUGUCCUAUUAUGUCUUACCCAGGAGUUCCGAAAGCGCAUUGGAUUGAUGAAAGGAGAAAGCAUCAUCCAUAUUCUGCUAUGCAGUACAUCGAUUGUGUAUUAUCAUUUUGUGAAAAAAGCGUGAAGGAUGAACGACUUUAUCCUACUAAAUAUGGUUGCGCAUUUGCGGAUAAUUUUGAAAACCAUUGUCGUCGGCUGUUGCGAUUACUUUGGCACAGCUGUGGGCAUUUAUAUACAAAUCAUUGGGAACAGCUAGCUGCUCUAAAUUUGCGCUCUCAGUAUAGCUUGGUUGUGGCACAUUUGUACUCUAUAGCUAGGAUGUAUAAUCUUUUGGAGAGCAAAGAACUAUCAGCUCUAUCACACACCUUACAGUUGGUACGACCAAGAGCAUUAUACCAUAGAUGCGGCCAUCAAGUAUCACAGGUCAGUGGGGGAUGCAAUGUCUUUCAACUAUACCCAUCAACUAAAAGUGGUAGUUGGGGUGGAUGCCCGUCCUCUACUAUUCCAGCUUGUAAGACUUACUCACAAACUUGCUGA